UUGGUAAUUUGAUUCUGGUUCAGACAUUGUCGGUACAGUCUUAAGCAGUUCAUUUUUCCUUCUGCUCUGCUUCCAGUGAGACAGAAAUAUUCACAUCCACUAAUUCUCUAGAGAUGUCUAGUUUAGGAACAAAGUGGUCUGAGGAGGAUUUUGAGCCAAUGGAAUGUAUCAGGAGUUCUGCCUCACAAGCCAAAGGGGCUGCUGUGGAACUAGGUGAUGCUGACAAUGCAGGCUUGAGGGAGAGUAACAAAGAUAAAGCACAUCAACUGCAAUUGCAGGAAGCUGAGAGCAAUGAGCAGCUAAAGAACUUACCUGUUUCCUUGACAACAGCAUCUACAGGGGAACAGCUUUCACUUUUAGAGAACUCACAACUAAAAGACGUUCCCUAUUGUGGCAUCACAAAGGAUCCAGACAUCAGUACAGCUUUAGAAGAUAAUAAAGACCUAGGAAACAUUACUGCCAGUCAAGCAAGUAAAGUCUCAGGAGAAGGGGCCAUCUACACAUCUUUAAUUCCGGAUUACCAUUCCAUAUCUCAGGAGGAUUCCGUAUAUGGUACAGAAAAUCUUCAUAAAGAAUGCAGUACUGUUAGUGGUUCAUCAAGCACAGAAGAACUGAAUACAACCCCAGGAUUAGUUCACAGCUUGUCUAGCCUGGAGUCUCAUGUCAUGUUUAGUUCUGACUCUGGAAUAGAGAUGACUCCAGGGGAAUCUUUCGAUGUACACAAAACUCUGACUGAGGAAGUGAAGACUGAUGCCUACAGGUAUAUGGAUAUCAGUCCAUCUGAAGAAGCAACAUCUCAAGGUGAAUCAGAAAUGAAAUGGAAAAGUAAAGAUGAUUUUCUCAAAAGUAUGAAUUCAGAUGCAUCUACUAAUGUACAACAGAUCCACAAAACUGACAAGAAGAGUUCAGAAGACCUAGUAAUGAGUAAAGAGAUAAAUUCUGAGUUAGCCCACAGGCAAGAACCCCAAAAAGAUAUAAAAUGGGAGCAGCACCCUGUUUUAGAAAUUGCAUACAAUUCCCCAGCAGUCACAAUCACAUGCACAGAAAUGGAAACAGUAAUCGAACCAGAUGUCCAGAUAACGUCUUCAUAUGGCAGAGAAACAGGCCUGAGACCAGGCCCCGAUGUCGUUCCAACAGUAACUGUGUCAGAGCCAGAAGAUGACAGUCCAGAAUCUCUGACACCACCAUUUUCUGGCACAGAAGAAUCAGACUCACAAACUGAAAGUGUGCAUCACAUUUCAGAAGAUGAAUUAAUGAGUGCCUUCAAAUCAAAGGAAUCGAGGCAGCCCUGCCCUUCUGAUAUAGCUGGAGAACACAACAAACCAAGCCAUUCUGAAGAGAAGCCAGAUGAGGCUAUAAAAAAUGAAAAAGAAAGAUCAAACGCUUCAUCCCAUUUAGAUUAUGAGGCAAGCAGUGGGGAAUCUGGUGAUUCAGAAAUUGAACUGGUUUCUGAAGAUCCAUUGGCUGCUGAUGGUGCAAUGCAUUCUAGCUACAUGUCUUUCAGCCAUGCUGGAGGGCCUCCACCAUCCCCUGCUUCUCCUUCUAUCCAGUAUAGCAUCCUGAGGGAGGAGCGUGAGGCUGAACUUGAUAGUGACCUCAUCAUUGAGUCUUGUGAUGCAUCAUCUGCAUCUGAAGAAAGCCCAAAGAGGGACCAGGACUCACCUGGUGUAAAACCUGUCACCAUGGACAUAAUACAAGAAGAAGCUGAUGCUUCCCCAGUAUACAAGGAAACAGCACAACAUUACCGAAGUGGUCCAGCUGAGAGUCUAAUAUCCAUGACAAAAGCAGAUAAUCAAGAGCCUGUUACAUGUGUGAAGACCUCAACCAAAUUUGUCACACCACUAGUGAGAGUAGAAGAACCAUCUCCUGAGGAUUACUCUGAAGAAUCCUGCAAAUCAGAGAACAGGUCCUUUGAAGAAAUUGCACCAAACCAAAGACAGGCAGUGGUGAAAGAUGUUGGCAAUUACAAAUCCAUGAUGGCUUUCCCAUCACUCCUAAAUAAAGACAAAGCUAUCGACCUGCUGUACUGGCGUGACAUCAAACAGACAGGAAUCUGCUUUGGAAGUUUACUUCUGCUUCUCUUCUCUCUGACCCAGUUCAGCGUUGUUAGUGUUGUUGCAUACCUGGCACUUGCUGCACUCUCAGCAACCAUUAGUUUCAGAAUCUACAAGUCAGUGCUACAAGCCGUGCAGAAAACAGAUGAUGGACACCCUUUCAAAUCCUAUCUUGAUAUGGAAAUUGCACUGUCCUCAGAACAGAUUCAGAAAUACACAGACUGCUUGCAUGCAUAUGUCAACAACACAGUGAAGGAGCUGAGAAGACUUUUUCUUGUACAAGAUCUGGUAGACUCUUUGAAGUUUGCAGUACUAAUGUGGCUGCUGACAUAUGUGGGACAUCUCUUCAAUGGACUAACGCUGCUGAUAAUGGCUGUGAUCUCAAUGUUUACACUGCCUGUCUUAUAUGAUAAAUAUCAGGCACAAAUUGACCAGUAUUUGGGACUGGUGAGAACUCACAUAAAUUCUGUGAUAGCAAAAAUUCAGGCAAAAAUUCCUGGUGCCAAAAGGAAGGCUGAAUAAAGAAGCUAUGGAGAGAUGAAGAACACAAGGCAAGCAAAAGGGAAUCUGCAUCAGCAAAAGCGCAGGGUCGCUAAACUUAACUGGAGACUUGUUAUUAUUUGUCAGCAUCAUGGUCUUAGAAACACACAGCAAUCAGGCAGCACCUUCAAAUGCUGCUUCCACAAACUUAGAAACGUGCGAUAAAUUGUGUCAAGCACUGAGAUAAUAGUAGGGAAAUGAGGUUUAAUUGUAUUUUCUGUGUUUUGUGUUGCUUACAAAGUGCAUGAUAUUGAGAGUCUGAGUAACUAUAUAUACACACACAUAUUUAUAUAACUUUGUAAAUGUUUUCUGCAACUGUUUGGCAGUGCUUAAACUUGCAAUGUUAUAAAUGUGGCUAGGGCUUUCCAGCUUCAUGCACUAAUGCUAUAGUCCAAGUCGCUUUUGUCACGGGGCACUGGUCAAGUAUAAACAUAAAGAAAUGUACUUUAGACUGAUGUUUUGGUGUUUUACAGCACAACAUUUUAAGAUUAUCUAUGGUAACUACAGCAUUUGUUUUUGUAUUAUGAAGAACUGGUAGAUUAUUACAAAUGUAAAGAAAAUGAACACACACCUCAUUUAAUCUAUUAUACUUUGUAUUCAUUCUCUGUAGAUCUUAAUUGGAUUAGUUAUGGACUCUGGAUAUUUGCACUUACAAUGUACUUGUUUCUGAAUGCAAAAAUAAAUGUUCCUAUAUAUAUAAAAGAA